UGUUCAAUUCAAUACUCGUAACUUCUACCUCCGAUUUUCUAGAAACGUGGUGCAUAUAAGGACACACACCCAGACAUCCCACUGCGGUGUGACUUUUAAAUUACAUGCCAACCAACUAACCUUCCGAGAGAACUACAAUUGACUUUUCCCCCGCGUUCGAUGAAAUUAAUGUCAUCGCUUCUAUUUGACCAACCAAUUAUCAGUAGGGGACGGACCUGUUAUUAAAAUUUGCGAGAGAGGAUAGGAUAGAUGCGAAAAUAUGUCAAUGUUGCAAGAGCUUUGCAGUGGAGUUUGUGUUUUCGUUUAAUCGUCGCCGGUGGACUGACCUGAGUUGCAGGAUGAGGAUGGACGGUGUGAUGGUGGUUUUGCCGGGCCUCGUCGGGAGCGGUGCACAGCGAUUCGGUGUUUGCCUCACGUUGAUUCUGGUUCUCGUCGGGUCUAUCUGUAAUAGUCAACGUACCCACGACUGCACAGAUUUGAUAUUGACCAAUGGGACGCUAGUCAUCGAUACAGACUGCGGCGUGUGGUAUCUUGUUUGUGACGACAACAGUACGUCAUGUCUAUCCUAUGACGUCACAAACGGCCAAAACGUGACGUAUACAUGUACGAUGUCCAUUGAAGACUUGGACCUGGAUUUCGAAUCUUCUGAAGAUGGAAGUGGAGAUGAUACCACGCCGUGGUUGUCACCUACACAGCUUUUUAACACCAACCCAACAAGUGGAACCACUUCCAACCCGGACAGCACUGAGAGCAGCAUGACCAACCCAAGUAGCGUGACUCCAGAGACUACAUUUCAAUCUGGAAAGCCUGGGACCACACCUUACAAGACCACAUCCGGUCAGUCGACGGGAAUGGCAACAGGAACGGACGGGGUAUCCUGCCCCUCGGACACGACACCUGAGACCCUGACACCCACAGCAGGAAGCACCUUAAGCACCGCAGAGGGCGCCACCACACCCCUUUGCGAGAAUGCUACCAUAGUUAAGAACGUCACCGAGAUAGUCAGUACCGACAUGACUGGCACAACAGACUAUACCACCAUAGAUCCAAAUCCAGAACAGCUGGACUGUGAUCAACUCUACAAUGCAAGUGUGAAUCAGCACGUGGUUCUCCGUGGCAGCAUAACCUACUACAGCUACAUCGAUGACUUCAACACAACUUGGCAUUAUGGCGUCGCUACCUUCAAUGUGAACGGAUCACUGUAUCUUGGCUCAGCGCUGAGGGUUGAGGUCCGUGGAGAAAAUGCGCUUCGUGUGAGCAGCACCUUUGGUGACGUCAUCAUAAAUACAACCAUUCACCUUGAUCGCAUAAACUCGUCGCAAAACGGCAACGAUUCCAGUUCAUUCACAGAUCAACAUUUAGGUGGAUUUGGACGUGCUAGAGGUCCCGGUGGAGCUGCACCAAACUCCUCCGAUGGGGCGGGGCAUGGAGGUAUGGGCGGGGCUAUGACCCCCUCCACCCGCUACAGCCAGGCCUACUUGGUGAAUGAAACGGAACAUCUUCUGGGAGGAAGCGCAGGUGGAACGUGGACGAAUAUCAAUGGGACAGAGAGAGCUGUUGGCGGUGGUGCACUAGAGAUGAUCGCAGCGGGUUUUAUCUACAUAGAACUCUCAGCGCCAUAG